AUGUGGAGAGGACAAAGGCCCCGGCCCCUGCCUCGCUCUAUUGUGGAGCGUGGACGUGCGGCCCCUGCUGCGGAGGCGGGGGCCGUGGAAGAGGAGCCAGGGCCUGAUGAUGAGCAGGACCAGCAUCAGCAGCACCAGCCUGAUCAGCAGUGUGGACAGGAGCUGUGUGGACAGGAGCUGUGUGGACAGGAGCUGUGUGGACAGGAGCUGUGUGGACAGGAGCUGCGUGGACAGGAGCUGCGUGGACAGGAGCUGUGUGGACAGGAGCUGCGUGGACAGGAGCUGUGUGGACAGGAGCUGUGUGGACAGGAGCUGUGUGGACAGGAGCUGUGUGGACAGGAGCUGUGUGGACAGGAGCUGCGUGGACAGGAGCUGUGUGGACAGGAGCUGUGUGGACAGGAGCUGUGUGGACAGGAGCUGUGUGGACAGGAGCAGUUGGAAGAGGAGCCAGGGCCUGAUGAUGAGCAGGACCAGCAUCAGCAGCACCAGCCUGAUCAGCAGUGUGGACAGGAGCUGUGUGGACAGCUGUGUGGACAGGAGCUGUGUGGACAGCUGUGUGGACAGGAGCUGUGUGGACAGCUGUGUGGACAGGAGCUGUGUGGACAGGAGCUGCGUGGACAGGAGCAGUGUGGACAGGAGCUGUGUGGACAGGAGCUGUGUGGACAGGAGCUGUGUGGACAGGAGCUGCGUGGACAGGAGCUGUGUGGACAGGAGCAGUGUGGACAGGAGCUGUGUGGACAGGAGCUGUGUGGACAGGAGCUGUGUGGACAGGAGCUGUAUGGACAGGAGCUGUGUGGACAGGAGCUGUGUGGACAGGAGCUGUGUGGACAGGAGCUGUGUGGACAGGAGCUGUGUGGACAGGAGCUGUGUGGACAGGAGCUGCGUGGACAGGAGCUGUGUGGACAGGAGCUGUGUGGACAGGAGCAGUGUGGACAGGAGCUGUGUGGACAGGAGCUGUGUGGACAGGAGCUGUGUGGACAGGAGCUGUGUGGACAGGAGCUGUGUGGACAGGAGCUGUGUGGACAGGAGCUGUGUGGACAGGAGCAGUCCCCCGAGUCCACUUCCACACCGCGCGCCUGCUUUAAACGCCCUCUGGAAAAAAGAGAGAGACGAAGGUUCCGCCUCCACGCGAGCGGCUGGAAAACCCUCUUAACCCCGACGGAAGCUGAGGUCGCUGUCACGGCACGGCACGGCCCGGCCUGGCUCUGGGGCUGCAGGUGA